AUGGGUUGUACUUGCUCAAAUUGUUAAUUCUGUUCGAAUAAAGAUAACAAAGAUAACAAAGAUGAAAUUUAACUUUAUGGAUGUCAUUCAUACACAAUAACUCAAUAAUCCCGUAAUUAACCUUUAAUCAAUGAAGGAGAAAGCGAAUUGGAUUCUAAUAAGGAUUAAAAAGAUUAACCUAUGUUAGAAACUUAUGAUAAAGCUAAUCUGUCUCAGGCUUAACAAUUACACUAUGAUAAAUAAUCUAACAUCGUUUUAACCUCAUAAUCUAAUAGUGAUUAAGAGAACAGAAUAAAUGAAAUGCCUUAAAGAAAUAUCGAAGAUAUGGGAGAAAAUGUUGAAAAUAAAUGCCUUUCGAAAGAUAGAGAAAAGAGAGAAAGAUUUAAGUUUAAAAGCGGAGCCUAUUAUGAAGGAGAAUGGGUUGGACAAUUUAGGGAUGGGUUUGGAGUUCAAAUUUGGGUCGAUGGAGCUAAAUAUGAAGGAUAUUGGAAAAACAACAUGGCAAAUGGAAAAGGCAAAUUUUAGUAUGUCAGUGGAGACAUUUAUGAUGGAGAAUGGAUUGAUGAUAGGUUUUGCGGUUAAGGAAAAUACAUUCAUACUAAUGGAACUCAAUAUGAGGGACUUUGGCUUGAUGAUUAGCCUCAUGGAUAUGGCAUUGAGACGUGGAUAGAUUAUUCUACAUAUGAAGGAAAUUAUUAUUGUGGUAAGAAAUAAGGUUUUGGUAAAUACUAAUCGAGUAAUGGAUCUUUUUAUAUGGGAAAUUGGGAAAAAAAUUAAAUAGAAGGGUAUGGAAUUUAUAAUUGGUCAGACGGCAGAAAAUAUAUGGGAAUGUGGAGUGACAAUUUAAUGUAUGGUAGAGGAAUAUACAUUUGGCCUGAUGAACGUAAAUAUGAUGGAGAGUAUUUUUAAGAUAAAAAAGAGGGUUAUGGUAUUUAAUAGUGGCCUGAUGGAAGAAAAUAUGAAGGUUACUGGAUGAAUGGAAUAUAAUCUGGUAAGGGCCGAUAUACAUCAUCUGCAGGUAAGAAGUAAUUAGGGUUAUGGGAAGCUGGUCGUAAAAUUUAAUUGAUAGAUGAUGACACUGAGAAUAUCAAACCUGAAGGAUGGGAUGAAUAUAUACAACCAACAUUGCAAUAAGAUAAUCUUACGAAUAAAUGA